AUGUCCACCUACGAUGGCUCGCGCUCGGCGCGCCAGUCGAAGCGGUACUCCAUGUCCGCGCUGUACAUGUCCAUGACCGCGAAUGAAGGAGAGAUGCAAAUUGAGGACGAUCUCGCUAAAGCCCAGAAAGCCCUACGGGAUCUCAAAUCCAAAAUAUCCUCCCAAUCGAAGAAGAAUUUUGUCCUCGAAAAGGACGUCCGCUACCUCGAUUCGAGAAUUGCGCUGCUUAUCCAAAACCGCAUGGCGCUGGAAGAACAAAACGAAGUGGCCAGCCAUCUUGAAGAAGGCGAAAUGGAAGAAGGUGUCUUUCCCAAUGACGACAAGACUCAGAAAUACGGCAACCUCUUGUUUCUCUUGCAAUCUGAGCCUCGGCACAUUGCUCAUCUAUGCCGACUCGUCUCAAUGUCGGAAAUCGACUCGCUUCUGCAGACGGUCAUGUUCACCAUUUACGGAAAUCAGUAUGAAAGUCGAGAAGAGCAUCUGCUGCUCACCAUGUUUCAGUCUGUCCUCACCUACCAAUUCGAUAACACUCCUGACUACUCCUCGCUACUUCGAGCCAACACACCCGUCUCACGCAUGAUGACGACCUACACACGCAGAGGCCCGGGCCAGAGCUUUCUGAAGAUUUCGCUGGCUGAUAGGAUCAACAGCUUAAUCGAGUUGCGAGACCUGGAUUUGGAGAUUAACCCCCUCAAAGUGUAUGAGCGCAUGGUCGAGCAGAUUGAAGAAGAUACUGGCACACUGCCUCCCAAUCUUCCCAAGGGCGUUACUGCCGAACAGGCCGCAGAGAAUCCUCAGGUGCAGGCCAUUAUAGAACCGCGACUGACCAUGCUCAUUGAGAUUGCCAAUGGUUUCUUGUCUACCAUCAUUGACGGGCUGGAGGAGGCCCCUUACGGCAUUCGCUGGAUCUGCAAGCAGAUUAGAAGCUUGACGAAGCGCAAAUAUCCUGAUGCUAACGACCAGAUUAUCUGUACUUUGAUCGGUGGCUUUUUCUUCUUGCGCUUCAUCAACCCAGCCAUUGUCACCCCCAAGUCAUACAUGCUCAUUGACGGAACGCCCGCCGAACGCCCUCGCCGAACCCUUACUCUGAUUGCCAAGAUGCUCCAAAACCUGGCAAACAAGCCCUCUUAUGCCAAGGAGCCAUACAUGGCUAAGCUCCAGCCCUUUAUCCAACAGAACAAGGACAGGAUCAACAAGUUCAUGCUUGACUUGUGUGAAGUUGGUGACUUUUAUGAAAGCCUGGAAAUGGACAAUUACGUCGCUCUUUCCAAAAAGGACCUUGGACUCGAGAUUACGCUGAACGAAGUCUACGCAAUGCACUCGCUGAUUGACAAGCACAACACCGAAUUGUGCAAGGAUGAGGCAUCGCACCUGGCCAUCAUCGUAUCUGAGCUGGGUCCAGCCCCUCCUCAAGUACCUCGCAAAGAGAACCGAGUCAUCAACCUUCCCCUGUUUAGCAGAUGGGAGACUGCAAUAGAUGACUUGACCGCGGCUCUGGAUAUUACACAGGAGGAAGUGUACUUUAUGGAAGCCAAGUCCAUCUUUGUGCAGAUUAUGCGAACGAUUCCUCAGAGCAGUGCCGUUUCUAAGCGGCCGCUACGGCUUGAGCGUGUUGCGGAUGCUGCUGCCACCAGCCGCAAUGACGCCGUCAUGGUGCGUAAAGGUAUCAGGGCCAUGGAGCUCUUGUCCCAGCUCCAAGAGCUUGGCGUCAUCGACAAAGCCGACCAGUUUGAUCUGUUGAGGGAUGAGGUUGAGCAGGAGCUCCAGCAUCUGGGUUCGUUGAAGGAUGCUGUGAUUGCUGAGACUGAGAAGCUCGAGGAAGUCUUCAAGACAAUCCGUGAUCACAACGCCUAUUUAGUUGGACAACUUGACACAUACAAGAGCUACCUCCACAAUGUGCGAUCCCAGAGCGAAGGCACUAAGCGAAAGCAGCAAAAGCAGCAGGUUCUCGGACCGUACAAGUUUACUCAUCAGCAGCUUGAGAAGGAGGGUGUUAUUCAGAAGAGUAAUGUCCCGGAUAACAGACGGGCCAACAUCUACUUCAACUUCACCAGCCCACUGCCUGGUACAUUUGUCAUUUCCCUACAUUACAAAGGUCGAAACCGAGGAUUGCUCGAACUCGACCUCAAGCUCGAUGAUCUGCUUGAGAUGCAGAAGGAUAACCAAGACGAGCUGGAUCUCGAAUACGUUCAAUUUAACGUCCCCAAAGUCCUUGCACUGCUCAACAAGAGAUUUGCUCGGAAGAAGGGGUGGUAAAUUACGUCCGAUGAUGGCCACAGCUAAUACUAAUUUUGCUGCCAUGUCGAAUGCAUAUCAUACUCAACGCAUCACGACUAUAUGCAAAAGGGGGAAUGGAGGGAUGGCGGAAAAGAAGGCACCGGGCGUUAUGGAGCAUCACGGAAACCUUUUUCGUUUCCCUUGUUUGAGUGUGUCAACUAGUAAUGCGCCUUUGGUACGCUCCUAGUUUUCAACUACAGUUUCUCUAUCAUUUUCGUUUUUUAUUUAUUUUUAUUUCCCUUGGAGCAGGUGGAUGGUCUGUCACGAUACUUUAUUUAUACCUUUGGUAAUGAUGGGAAGGAGAGAUGCCGUAUUAUGUGUUUUCCCCUUCCAAUGGCUGGUCCAUGAAUAGGGAGGUAUUUUCGAAAUCUUAUGCGAAUGGAUAGUUCGUUUUGUUUUGCUCUUUUCUAUUGCUUACACUUCCCUUCUCCUCGCUGUCAUUAAUAAUGAAUAUCUUUGGCAAUGCGACAAUCUAGUGGGAGAGUGUUGGAAGGUUACGCUGUAUUUUUAUCUACCUAGUUUUGAAUGAAGUGGUACGCACCAGGAGCUCUUCUA